GAAAUUUGACAGUUUACAAAUGUCACGUUUGUAGGUAUUGCGAUUACAUGUAUUUUUUCGAGAAAUUAUUUUUUUAAUAACACGUCUUUUUUUUGUAAAUAUUUUUUAUCGGCAAUUUUUUUUUUAUUCUAAUAUGUCAGUGGUUUGUGUAGAUAGUGAAAUUAGUGGUGUAAAUAUUUGAUUAAACAUUUUACUAGUGAAGUCAUGAAAAAUGAAUAACAGUUCUGAUUAUAUUUAUUUCUCCGAGCUCCAUUGCUCUAAGGAUGCCCUCACCGACACAUACGGAUGGUUUAUGCAAUUCCUUUUAGCUGUCUUGGCGUUUACUUGCUUGAUAGGUAAAAGAUUCUGUGAGCCUCGCUAUGCCAGAAGACCAUGGUUGAUUUGGUUCUACGACACAUCCAAACAGGGUUUGGGCGCUCUAAUCAUACACUCUGCAAAUGUCUGGCUCUCACCACAUCUCACAGGAAAUCCUUGUACUUGGUAUAUUGUCAACUUCAUGUUGGAUUCGACCCUUGGAUUAUUAAUAAUAUGGGCAGGCAUCAGGCUGGCCCAGUAUUGUGCGAGAACUUAUGAUAUACCGCUCAUCAACUUUGGUGAAUAUGGCAAGCCGCCGAUGAGCUCGGCGUGGCUGUGCCAGUGCGUGCUGUAUGCAGCAUUGGCGACGUUCGCGAAGUCGGUGCUGGCGUUGGUGCUGCGAAUGUCGCCGGUGGUGGCGGUGCUAUCCACGCUGCGGCUCUCGCCGGUAUCAGACCCGAGGCUGGAGUUAGCUGUCGUUAUGCUCAUCAUACCAUUCUUUGUUAAUAUAUUAAUAUUCUGGGUAACAGACAACUUCCUCAUGUACCAUCCAAGAGGUGUGAGCAGUAAGAUCAAAACGAAGGUACGAUACCAGUCCAUCAAAAAAGAGAAAUCAGGGUCUGAAGAGGAAGAUCAUUCGGCGGACGAACGACUGCUCGGCGCCUCGGUAUGACCACACAGGAAGCCCAGUGUACCGCGGGCUUAGAUAUCGUAAUCUCUUAGAUAAGUUUAUUGGCAAACAAUUGGCUGUUACAAAUAACGUUUUCCAGUUAAUAUUUUAUACGAAGUGUGUUUCUAUUUAAUUGGUUUUGGUAAAUCGCUAGCCAUGGUUAAAGACUCGGCUAUGAUUUUUACGGAAUAUUUUUUUAUUCCUCUUGCAAUGUCCUAAUUAUUCGACCAUAGGUAUCUCGAAUCGAUAGUGAGAUUGUCUUUUAGCUUAAGGAAUGGGGUAUUAAGUAUGUCGCAACACGAGCUCUAUAAACGAUAAAUCGAUUGAUAAAAAUUAUGGAGUUUAUUUUGACGCGCUAUUUAUAUUUAUAUUGAGAGCGUGAACCCAACUUGAAUCUGUCAAAUUCCUGUUUGAAUUUCAUAGCCAUUCGAUAAAGCCUAUUUUUUUUUUUUGACUAACUCACUUUUAAAUAUUUUUUAGUCACUGGAAACUAAUAACAUUAUAAGUCAGUUGUUUGUCAAUAUCAAUGUCAGUCAAAAUUGUAUAUAAAACAUGGCACUUGUAUACAGUUAUAGUGGUAUUGAACGUUCAUAUUAUAUAAGCUUUUGAUUUACUCGAAAAACAAAUAUUACAGUUUACAGUAAUGCUUGUAUUUGUAGAAAAUUUCUUGAAAAUAUAACAUUUAUUGGUUUCAAUGUUGAUAAAAAAAUAAUACUGAAGAUUUAUAUUAUACGUAACUAUAAAAAUGGUUACGCGUUGAAUGGUUGACUGACGUAUUUAAGUGUUGCCAUACACUUUUAAAUUAGAUAUUGCGUGAUAUGGAAUUGAUUUUUUUAAACGACCUUCGUCUUGUAUAGAUAUGCCAUUAUACUUCGUGAAAGAAAAAAAUAAAAAUAUUUUUAUAUGUUUCAUUUUUGAAAUGAAAUAAUUUAUAAUGUUCCUAAAUGGUAUAAGUACUUAGGUCCUCAUUAGUGCCAUGUGUUUUGAGCUAUAUAACAAAAUGUAUGUACACUGACAUCGAAUAAAGACUGAGAAAGUCUAUUGGGAAAUGUAUCUUUCUAGUUAUUUUUUUAUUUUAAUUUUAUUUAAACACUGCAUGCGUCACUUUAUUUAGAGUCAUUAUUUUAAUUUAUAAUUAAUCCUUAAUAAUAACAUAAUAUUACUAGCCCAGUACUAAAUGUAAUAUGAAACACUGGCAUCCUCUACUGAUGAGAGGCCUUUCUUGCACCAUGCUGGCCUAAUUUGGGAUGGUAGAACCCAUAAUAUUUUUGUUAUAGAGAUCUUAGUAUUCAAAUUUCCCCGUUAUUUUAUUUGUUUUUAGUAUAAUACACGCGAUCAAUUUAACCAGAUUAUUAAGGUAGUAGAUAUAAUAAUUUUUAUUCAAAUGUAAGCCUAUUGAGGACAAAAUGUUUUUAUUCAACAAUUAAAUAUAAAUGUCAAUCUAAAACGUCUGCUUUUAUUGAUCGCGUGAAAAAAAUGAUAUGGUUUUUUUAAGAGAAUUGUACAAAAUAUCAGAGGCUUGUUCCAAUACAAAAUGUCAGUGUCUGAACAUUUACAAAAUCUACUACUAAAAUACUGCUGUUUGUUCUUCCAUACCUCGUUCGUUAUAUUUGUGAUUGAAAUAGAAAAAUUAAACAGAAUAAUUCUGAUCUGACUAAUCUUCCUAAACGAUUCGUUUGCAAUGGAGGUGUUUUGAUAUUAUUUUUGACAAUUGCGCCGGAACAAAACCCAGUUGUAAGCUUUUUAUAUUGAAAUUUUGAAAAGCAUUUGCAUUAAUUUGAAUUGUACUCGUUAGAUUCUUGUCCUUGCAAACAUUCCCAUAAAUUAAUAAAUUGUAAGUAAAAAUAUAAGAAAUCAAAGAAUAAAGAACUACGAGGUAGGUAUCGUCUAUAUCAUGAUGCAGGUGUUGUCUAUUGUCUCAGAACCUGAGUAUUCUUAAGUCUCUGAGCCCCGCAGGUAUAGAAAGUUCUGAGCAUUGCUAUUUUGAAGUUACCAGUUGAGACUAGGACCGGCGAGUUUCGUGGAAAUCUCUUCAGGCAAAGAAACUAUAUUAGCCAACUUUUUAAGCACUAGCUUUCUUUAAUUCCUGAAAUUACAGAUGCGUUUUAGUUCGGCCUUUUAUAUUAUUUUCCUUAUUAGGGACAUUCAGUAGUUGUUCUUCUUCGUUAAUAUUUUGGCUGCCACCGUUUAUCGAUGAUUUUGCCAAAGUGAAGUAAUAAUAGCAGAUACAAAACAAAAAGAGACUAUAAAAUCAGCUCGAAAAUUAUUUUUUCCCAGUACAUAGUUGUUACAUUAUAUCUAGGUCAAAUAAUAUGUUAGAAUAAUAAUCUUCAAAUGCAAACAUACUAAAGUGUCGAAGCAUGCAAAAAAAUAAUACCAGUAUUAAUAUUAACUAUAUUCAAUUCAUACAUUAAAGAAAAGAGGAUGAGAACCUAAUGAUGUUAAAUACAUUCAGCAAAAUAUAGAUAUAAUAAUAUGAUAUAUAGAAUUCGAAGAACUUGCAUUACAUAUUUUCGUAUUGUACUGUAGGGUUACUGAGAGGCUCAUACUGGGUUUUAUUUAGUUCCGCACAAUUGUUAUCUAUUUGUUAGUACAGUGUAAUAGUAAUAGUUCAUACAGUCUGUCAUCCAAGGCAUCUCGACGGACACUUAAACUGUUUCCAUUUGAAUCGAUUUGUGACGAUAUCAUUCCAGCUAAUUGAUAUCAUAGGUUCGUCUACAGACGAAGUCGGCUUUUCGUCAAAGUCAGAUGCGAUGUCACACUCUAUGAAUUUUUAUACUGUGGUGUUAAUAUAAUGAUAGCAAAUGAUAGAAAGACUAGAUAGAUACUAACAGCUUGCGACCAUGUACUUGUUUUAUUUAAGACUCAAUUUUACUCAAAAAAUUGUCUUAAUGGUUUUUUUUUCGUCUAUUAACAAACCUUAUUUUUAUAAAAUUAUCGUUGUAUAAUUUUUUUAAAUAUUCGAAUUUAUAUUUUUCGGACAUACGAAGAAGUUGAGCAGAAUUAAAAUGAUGAAUUGAUGUAAAUCUUUAAUAUCGAUUACAUAUCACAAAACGAUUUAACUUAUAUCGAAUACAAUAUUGUUGAUGGUAUCUGGCAGUGCUUUCUGUUCGUGUUAUCAUUGUAUAAGCACUUAGAUUUUCUAUGUGAUGUAAAUAUUAACUAAUAAGGACAAGUUAUGUAAAUGAAACUGAUAUGUAUAUAUUGAGCCAUAUAUUUGUGCAUCUGUUUAUUGUUUGUGCGAAUAUAAUUCACAUUACAUGUU